AUGCUGCCUCUGCCACUUCUGCUGCUCGCGGUUCUCCUCCCAGGUGGUGACAGCGGGCCGGCUUUCCAGGGGCCGACCACCUUCCACCUCAACCAGAUAUCGUCCUUUGCCAACAGCAGCUGGGCACAGAACCAGGGCUCCGGCUGGCUGGGCGACGUGCAGAUCCAAGGCUGGGACAACGAGGCGGGCACGGCCAUCUUCCUGAAGCCCUGGUCUAAGGGCAACUUGAGCGACGAGGAGGUGACAGAGCUGGUGGAGCUGUUCCGGGUCUAUCUGAUCGGGUUCGUCCGGGUGGUGCAGGACCAUGUCAGUGAGUUCCAGCUGACCUAUCCCUUUGAGAUCCAGGGCACAGCAGGCUGCGAGCUGCGCGAGGGGAAGGCCACAGUCAGCUUCCUGCGGGGAGCCUUAGGGGGAGUGGACUUCGUGAGCCUCAGGAACGGGACGUGCGUGCCCGCCGCGGAGGGCAGCAGCCGCGCCCAGUGGUUCUGCUCGCUCUUCACUCAGUACCAAGGCAUCUCUGACAUCAUCCAGAAGCUCCUCUACCACACCUGCCCCCGGUACCUCUGGAGCGUCCUCGAAGCGGGCAAGGAGGAGCUGCAAAGGCAAGUGAAACCCAAGGCCUGGCUGUCCAGUGGCCCCCCUCCUGGACCUGACCGUCUGCUGCUGGUGUGCCAUGUCUUAGGAUUCUACCCCAAGCCUGUGUGGGUGCGGUGGAUGAGGGGGCAGCAGGAGCUGCCGGGCGCCCAGCAAGGGGACAUCCUGCCCAAUGCCGAUGGGACGUGGUAUCUCCGGGUGACCCUGGACGUGGCAGCCGGGGAGGCAGCUGGCCUGGCCUGCCGGGUGAGGCACAGCAGCCUUGGUAACCAGGACAUUGUCCUCUACUGGGGAAAGUCUACCUCCCUCACUGUGAUACUUUUGGCAGUGAUAUUGCCCACCUUGAUUCUUUUGAUAUGUCUUGCUUUAUGGUUUUGGAGGCGCUGGUCAUAUCAGAAUAUCCUGUGA